AUGGAUGUCUCGACAGCAUUCGUGGUGGAACCCACAACUAUCGUCUCCAUCUUGGACUCAGAGAAGAGCAUUGAGGAGGAGAAUGGCUUGGCUGUCAAGCUCUCCGAAUCUUCCAUGGCUCUAGUGCAAGAAAGGCAUCAUUUUGAAGCAUCGUGGCCAGUGUCUAUGGACGCAGUGAAAAGCACAGACAAGCUGCUUGGGUUGUAUUUGGCACGGGCCAAACGAGGCCGCAAGCCAGCAGAGGGCAAGACAAAAGCAGCUGAUGGUGAGAAUGGUGAGAAAGAAAAGAAGAGCAAGAAGAACAAGAAGGGAAAAGGCAAGCAUGGCAAGAAUGCAAAGGGGAAGGGCAAGCAUACGUUUGCGGCCAAGUUGAAGAAGGCCAAACAGAUCAAGGAGACUCCGUUUGCUGCCGAGAACCUCUUGAAAAACCUCACGGGAAAAGCUCUCAUUGAGAAAUUCUUCCAGCAGCUGAUGGAAAAGGAGGUCGCCAAGUAUCCAACGAACCCAACAUUCAGCCAAGAAGAUGCCCGCUGCAGGCUGAAACUGCCCAAGUGUCAGGGUGUGGAGUGGUCACGGAUCAAGCGAGCAGCAUUUAUGCACUUCAAAGCAGAGUAUGGAAAAGCAUCUGGCAAAAAGUGGGGCAAGUCAGUGUUUGCAUGCCUGAACGGUGCGAUGCAGGAGCUUGACCAAGAUCCUCCCAGCCGGAAAGGCUGGAUCAAAUUGGUGCGAAGCAUUUGUGAGACGGGUUGCAUUGAUAUGUUGGACGAGCAUGAUGAAAAGAAAAAGAAACGCAAGAAGGCUGAGG